AUUAGGCUUACUUUUUACACGUUUAUUUGAGGCACUUAAUUACAUUGCACACAUUUCGUAAUACCGAUAUAUGAUACUGCAACUUUUUAAGAAGAGAAAAAACUUUGAUUCGGGUUUGUGCAUAAUCUCAAAAAUGAAGAAAUUAAAUUUUAGUGAAGCGCGUUUUGGAUAAACAAUUAACAUUACUCGAAAAGUUAUUAAUAUUUUUUGAUGAAAUUUGGUAUACUUUUUUAUCGUAAUAAAAAUUAUGUUUUCCUGUAAUUUCAAAUGUUUGAGUUAAUUUUUAAGAAAGUUAUAAACAAUUUAAAAGGCGGCAAAACAUUUUAAUUAAAAGCAUAUGAUUUGUACUUAUCUUGAAUAUAUAUGCAAUCUAAUAAGAUAAAGAUUAAUCAUAUUUGAUGAAAACUUUUUAAUCAAAAACAUUUUAUUUAUUACGUUGUUUAUAUGAGAGAGAGUGACUUUUAAAAGUUAAAUAACUUUUAUAUGUGUAAAAGAUAAACUUUUAAAAGUUACGUAUCAAUUGAUAUGAGAGAGACAAGAUUAAAUAAGCCAAACUAUUUUUAUAUAUUUCUUCAAAUAAACGUAAUUAAUUUUUUCUUUAGAGUUUAGUGAAUCUGUUUAUCUUUCCGCCGUCUGCUUGAAUUCUUAUCAAUCUAAGUAUUACGAUAAAAGUUCCAGUUAUCUACGCAUUUAGUACUACUACGCAAUCCUAUAAUGCGCGGUAUCGGUCUUUAAUCGUCCUCGUGGCGUAACCAUAGAACUUAUACUAAUGGAAGGGGAAUAGCGUAUAUCAUCCGUAUGCCGAAACUGUGUCCAACAUCUGUGCGACAAGAAUAGAUAGAACAUGACUUGACAUGAAAUGAGACAGAACUAGUUUUCUAUCUCACUUCUUGCACUGAGAAAAAUCUCUCGGAAAAGACUAAUACAACAUUGUAGAUUUUAUUUUGUCAGAUAAAUAACUUUAAAUUGUAAUGUAAUAGAAAAUAGAAAAUACACAGAUUAGCCAUAAUUUUGUAGUAAAUUUAUUUUGUUACAUGUAAACACAAAAACUGUGACUUUAUGAAACAAGCACGCAAAUAAAUUUUAUUAAUAAGAUGUAAAACAUUUAUCUAUAGCGUUUUGGAUAAUUAUAAUACAUUAAAAAUAACUUGUUAUACAUUAGUUAUGAAAUUAUGCUAUAAAAUUGAGUUAAAUUUUAUUGCGUUAUUGUAGUAAAUCCAUAAAAUAAUAUUUUAAAUAUUUAAAACAGCUAACAUUAAUUUAUAGUAACGUAUUGCUUGUUUUAUCAUAUAGUUUAUAGUCACUGUGAAUACAAUUUGUUCACUUUACUUUAAACUUAAAUCUCUUAAACACUUUACUAUAAAAAAUAAACUGCUUUACAAUAAUUGUUGAUAUGUUUUCUACAAAAGCAUUUAUAGGCCUGCAAGUUGAAUUAAAGAUUGCUACAGAUUAUUAUUAUAGUUUACAUAUAUGCUUAUAAGCACCUACUACAUCUUGUUGCGCGAAGUUUUAUUAAAUGUGGUAGAUUUUUUAAGUCAAACGCUACUAUAUUUUCGCAACAAAUGUAAUAAAUUACAAUAAAAUUAUUAAAAAUUACAACAUCUUUUAGGCUUUGUUAAUACUGCAAUAUUUUACAGCUUUAAGCAGUUUGUCAAUUGAUUUAAGAUAAGUUUCUUAGAACAAUUUUUUAGACAUGUAUUACAAUUUAUCUCUAUCCCUAUUUGUACUUUGUACUAUUAUUUGUAGACGAGCACUCCACAAUUGUCUUAUCUGGUGCUACAUUUUUUUCUAAGUGUAGACACACUUGUACGGGUUUUUUCCACUUCCAUUAGUAUAAGUUCUAUGGGCGUAACACGCUCAUUCCCAACGCCUUUUCUGACAAUAUCAUAAAUCUACAAUAAAAGGAAAUUAAGCCCCCUCAUCGUCCCCUUUUAAAUUUCCCCUUGCAAAUUGCAAUAAGUAAUAAUUAAUGUGCAGUUUAAUAGUAUUAUUGUGCAGUUUAAUACUAAAAUUACUUUUUGGAAUAUAUAAAACUGUUCGCACUUUUUUUAUCCGUAAGAUUCCCGAAUUAGUGUUAUACCUUCUAUUCUUUAUUUGACAUAUUUCUUAAUUUGUUGAAUGACGUUAGUACUUUGUACUUUGUUGAUGCUUUUAUUGAGAUUUUGAACUACACUCUGGAUGAAUAUUAAAAAAAGAUUUUUACAAAAAUUCCAACGUAUAUGUACUAUUUGCAGAUUAUUUCAUAUUGAAAAUGUAAACGGAAGUAGUUAAUACUAAUAGAGAUCUAACUCCGUGCUCCGCGGGGGAACUUGUCGGCGCGCGGGGGCAUGACGUUACGCGGACCGGGGUCUAACGGUGCGGGAAUUGCUGACGCAAGAUUUUCGGGUCCCCGACGUGUGAGCGUUAGAGGGGAAUUGCGGUCCACACCCGCCGCCGCGCGCCGCCCAGAUUAAGGGGGGUGGGGGUAAGGAGAAUUAUUGUCCCGGACCUCGUUUGUUAAAGAGCUUCACCCGAGCUAUUCAAGGAUACUUUUUAUUUUCGUCAAAGGCCUCUAUGGAGUCAAUAGCCUUGGGCCUCAAAAUAUCUUAAACCGGUUCUGAUUACAUGGGUUAUAGAACUUAGAACUUAUACUAAUAGAAGAGGAAAAAGAUCCAUAAAGUAGAUAAGUUCUAUGACAUGGGUUAGCUAUAUAAAGACAGCAAACUGUUCAUUAAGUCAGUCUUCUACAAGAAAAGUAAGAAUAAACCCGAAUACAUCAUGCUAGACAAUCUUGUACUCAUCAUAGUUAUUUCUAUGGUGAUAACGUUUUUCUGGAUUCUUUUUGGGGUAUAUGCCAGAUUCAAGUUGAAUUAUUGGAAGAGACGCGGCGUUGAGUACCUCACCCCCGACUUGAUUUUUGGCAACGUCAAGAAUGCUGUAUUAUUCCGUUCUCCACCGUCGUGGCACAUUGGCGAGUUACACAAGAUGGCCCCUCCGGACGCGCCAUUCGUCGGUUUCUACAUCUUUCACAAACCAUGUCUACUGUUACGCGAUCCUAAAAUAAUUAAGCAAAUUAUGAUCAAAGACUUUAAUAAUUUUACCGAUCGUUAUUUUGCUGGCUCCCAUCAAAAGGAUAGUAUGGGUAUGAAGAAUUUGUUUGGCAUAAAAAAUCCGGUUUGGAAAUAUAUGCGGUCUAAGAUCACUCCUACUUUAACUAGAAGCAAAUUGAAAAAUAUGUUACCAUUGAUGAUGGAAACUACAGAACCUAUGAUAAAAUAUAUAAACGACCAUCUAAAUAAUCAAGAAAUUGUAAAAGUGUUAGACGUGCAAAAUAUUUAUUACAAGUGUACAACUGGUGUGAUCGCUUCAGUAGCGCUUGGUACUAAAGUAGACUCAUUUUAUCAUCCAAAUGAGUUUACGGAUGCAGUUCAUAGAUCUUUUCAUGGAUUAAAAAGAAUGAUUAUUCUCGUGAUCGUUUUCUUUAUACCUGAAUUAUUGAGAGUGCUCGGUACAAGGAUGUUUUUCAACUCCUACGACUAUGUAAAAAAAUUUUUCUGGACGGCAAUGGAGAACCGCGAAAAAACCGGCGAGAAGCGAGGCGAUUUUAUCGAUUCAUUGAUUCAAAUAAAGAAUGGCGAACAGAAUCCUGUUUAUAAAUUUGAGGGAGAUAAUCUAGUGCAUCAGGCUGCUACUUUUUUCUCUGGCCUUGAAUCUAGUGCUACGUGUGCAGCCUUUACUUUGAUGGAACUAGCGAAGAAUCCAGAGUAUCAGCAGCUGGCUAGAGAGGACAUUAAUAGAGCAAUCGAAACAUAUGGCUGGACGUUUGAAGCGUUCCAGAAUAUGAAAUAUCUUGAACAAACUAUACAUGAAACUUUGAGGCUAUAUCCAUCCGUGGGUAUUGUCGAUAGACACACGCUUCAAGAUUACAAGAUUCCUAAUAGUGAAGUCAUUAUCGAAAAAGAUACGCCAAUAUAUGUCUCCUUGUUUGGACUUGGAAGGGAUCCUAGAUUCUGGGACGAACCGGAAGUAUUCAAUCCUGACAGAUUUGCUGAUGGUAUUCCUGAUGCUUACUUGGCGUUCGGUACUGGUCAUAGGAUGUGUAUAGGAAUGAAAUUGGCUCAGCUGUACGCUAAACUCGUUUUAUCUUUGUUGCUGAAAGAUUAUGAAGUUUGGCAAGUCAAAGAGCAUACAAGUUUUCUGAAUCGACGUUCAACUCUUACAACUGCUGGCAAUGGAAUUUAUCUGCAUUUCAAAAAGAUAUGAUAACGUUUAUAUAAUUUAUUGAGAUUACAAUUAAUAAUUGAAAUAACAAAAUAAAUUUUGCAAUCUAGUUUUACACAAUGAGAUAUGUUUACAUAGUAAAAUAUGUUGUUAAGUAUCUGACAAAUAUCAAUGUAUCUCAAAAAGCAAAAA